AUGCUGGAUCAACAGUAUAUGUCUGAAAUAAUAAGGCAGAUGGAUACGGUGAACAAGAUCUGGGGUUCGAUCCCUGAGGACAAUUUUAAUCAAGUAGUGAAAGACGCUCGGAAAUUGGCAAUCGAUCUAGCGGGAAACCACUGCAAUCAGGACGAAAAACGGGACAAAAUGCUGGAAUACGACAAAUUGGUCGGGAUUCUGACAGUUUGUGUGAAUCAAAUGCAUGGGGAUGUGGACGUCAAGUUGGGCGAGGACUUACAAGUUAGCUUUAAGCAUGGGGUACAGGCUACUGGGCCAUCUUUUGCAGCUCACGUGUCUGAGCUUGUUCGAGCCGCGAACUUUAUAGGUGUGUUUGAGCGUCGGUUCAAGGAAACAUUAAGGGCAGAAGCUUCCAAUUCUAAGGCCCAAUUGAGCCGGCAGCUACAAGAGCGGAUUGCAGAGUACCAAAAGGCACAAAUGGGUGAUACGGAAAGUAUUUCGGAGGCAGGGUCGUCCGUGGGGAAGAAGGAAGAGCCCAAGAGCACACGUGACCAGCUUUUAUCUACCAAUCAGAGGAUCACUGCGUCGUUGAUGCGAUCCAACAACGUCUUGAAGAGUUCCGUACUACAGAGCGAACUGAACAUUUCGGAACUAGAACAACAAACGCACUCGUUACAAACGCUUGGGAACCGGUUUGAUGCAUUGGGUGGAAUCUUGACUACGUCGUCUACAAUGAUCAAGGCCAUCAAUAACGCUAGUCAGCAGGAACAACGGCAGAUCUACGCCAGUCUCGGGUUUCUGGUGCUAUGUAUGAGCUGGGUGCUGUGGCGGCGGAUUUUCAAGGGUCCUUUCAAGCUGAUUAUUUGGCUGUGGUUCCGAUUUUUCAGAUCUGUUUUGGUCACGCUUGGCGCAUUGCCUGGGCGUCAGCGCGCCAGGGCAUGCGCCGGGGGGUCAUUGUCUUGCGCGUCGCUGGUUUCGCAUACACUUGGCUCUGUAGUGUCCAGCGUGGCCAAAACCGCUACCACAAGUGCGACGGAUUUUGCGGAUCGUUUUGGCGGGCUCGAGACUGCCAUCGAUCUCGCUUUCGACAGCGUUCACGACGAGCUGUGA